AUGGUGGCGGAGCCGUCGCUGGGAAAACCCUCCUCGCUACGCCUAUUGAUUCUCGCACCAUCCUCGGACCCGACUACGGUACCACCAUUUCGUAAUUUACUGGAAGCCAUCACGGGAUCAUCACCCUCAGAUGAGGUCACUUCAUUCUCCGGAUAUACAUCGCACCCACCACUCAGUCUGAGGACGAAAUAUUAUAGUUCCGAUGUAAGUAUUUGGUGUGACGAACUACCGUCUAUAUCCACGUCUAGCGUCCAAAGCGGAGACCGGAAAGAAGCAGACUCAAAUCCAGUAGAAGACACUUUGGCCCUCCAAGAAUGGAACGACCAAAUGCUUUCCACGGCGGCCGCAGAGGUCCGGGCUGUCAUCGGUGGGAUUCUCUUGAUUCUACCUAUAUCUUCACUCUCGUCUUCGUCAAUACCUGACUCUUACGUGUCAUUCAUUGAAGCGGUACACUCAUUACGCGAGGCGGUCGAAGACGACAGCUACGGUCGCGACAUUGCCUCGAUUAUCCUACUACAGUCCAUGUCCUCCGCAGUGCAACAGGAGAAAUUGUCCGCCACGAUGGAGAAGCUGGAAGAUACAUGUCUGUCGGCAAAGGGAAUUUUAGGGUGGGAUUUCGUGGCUUGGGAUGGGCAAACUCAAAACGUUGAGAAGGAAGGAAAUGCAAACGACGAAAGGAAUGAGUAUGGUGAGAAAACUGGUAUUCAGAGAGUAAUUGAAGUGUUGGAGGGUAUUGAUUGGUCCGCCUCACCAAAUGUCGGUGACGAUGACGGUGAAUGUGAGCUUGGUGAGCUGGAUGGCGAUGAUGAAGAAAUUACCUUGUCGCCUCACGUACCGGGGAACAUGAGGUUCUCUGGUCUUGAUCAUGAGUUGCAGCGAGAGAUGAUGGAGCUGAAAAUGUCCAUGCUUGAAGACGGUGAUGACCGUGACACUCAUCAGGGAGCUCAGGCAAGGAGAGACAUGCCCGGGGAUGAAGAUGUACAGGUCGAACAGCUGCAGGGUUUGAUGGAGCGAGUGGUUGCGAUUCGUGAGGCGGGGUCUGAGAUGCCCAAGGCUGAAAGGGAGAAGUUUGCGAAGAGGGAGAUCGGAAGGAUCAUGCGAGAAAUCGGAUGA